AAUAUUUAAAAAUAAUCGCAUUGAGUUUCGGUCAGAGACUGCUAUACCAACCAAAGUUGACAAAAGACAAAGUGUGAUGAAAAAUCUUCUGGGUGUUUUCGUUACAUUUGGCUUCAGUUUAAUGGCUGCUGGAUUUGAAGUCCACGUCCCAAGAGAACCAGUAACUGUUAUCCACGGCCAUUACGCAGUCCUGCAAUGCAGUUUUACUCCCAGUGCAAUGUCUACAGAGGGCAUCGUUAUCACCUGGCAACGGGAUGACACAAAUGAGGUGGUUCAUAGUUAUUACUACAACAAAGAGCAGCUCAGUAAACAGAGUCAUCGGUACACGGGGCGCGCCAGUAUCUUCCCGGAGGAGAUUAAACGGGGAAAUGCUUCAUUGAAACUCGAAGGAGUGAGACCAGAGGACAGCGGAAAGUACAUGUGUUUCGUCAGCACUAAACAGGCAGACGCCAAUGGAAUAAUCUCUGUAAAAUUCGCAGCAUACUACAAGGAACCCGUUUUAGUAAUCGAAUUAGGAACAAAUGCAACACUUUUCCGAUUCGAAUCCCAAGGCUUCCCUCAAGCUGUUGUUUCCUGGUUCGAUGAACAACACAAGGAUAUUUCUUUCCAAGCGAAUACUUUCUUCGAAAAAAAUGCAGACGGCCUAUACUCAGUGCAUAGCACAUUGGAAAUUGGUGAAAGCAGUGCAGACUCUUUGAACUUCACAUUCAGAAUAAGAAAUGAUGCCUUGGAGCAAUCUCUUUCCAGGAUAUUUGUUUUUGCUUCAGAAGUAAAAACUGAAACAAAACAGAAAACAGAAUCCCCUGUUGCAAGAAAUCGGUGGAUAGUUGCACUUAUUCUCCUGCUUAUUGAAUUUACAGUCAUUUUAUUUCUGGUGAAAGCGUUAUUAUCAAAGCAUCGAACCUUAUUAGAACAUGAAAAACGCCAUCAAAACAAACAAAUCUUUUCACCACUUACUGCUAGUUACAACAAAUCCUUCUUACUUCCAAAUGUUCUAUAGUUGUUUGGAUGAAUUGGCUCCAGGGACACAAAGCGAUCUUAUGAUCUAAUCCAAAGCAAGAAACCUUGUGUGACCAGAAUCAUAGAAACAAAGGAAUUGCACAGCACAGAAGGAGACCAUUUGGCUUUUUGAACAGAGUAACUAAGUUUUUCUCUGUUUUGCAACCCUUGUCCUUUUUUAUUACUAGAAAGAAUUCCAACCAACCUAAACAGUCUUUUUUG